AUGGACGCUCUCCCUGGGGAAGUCCUCCUCAUAAUCUUGUCGUUCCUCGACCCCCCAGAAAUCACCAACCUCCAGCUCGUCUCCCGUGGCUUCUGCAGCCUCGCGCGCGACAAUGGUUUCUGGCGCGCCCGUUGCCUGGAAGAAUCGUCCUUCCUCGAGACCCUCGACCGCCGCCGCCGUUAUCGCGGACUCCCCGACACAAACACCUCACAACAACCCACACCAACACCCCGCAGCAAUAGCAAUGGCGCCAGCGUCGAGAGCAGCCACAGCCACAGCCUCGGCCUCGGCACGACACCAAACGGGAACGAGGACGACACCAACGGCAGCAGCAGCAGCAGCGGCAGCAGCAACGGGCAGCGAGCGCCGCAGCAGCAGUACACCAACACAACCACAGCAGCGUCGGUGCUGAGCCGGGGCGAGAUGCGCGGGCGCGAGCGCGAGCGCGUGCGCAUCCUGGCCAACUGGGACCCCUGCUUCCCCUCGGAGCGCGUGUCGUGGUACGACGAGUACAUCCAGCGGCAGGGGCCCGUCGCCGUCAGCUGGAUGCAGUGCGCCUACGACGACCACGACGACCACGACGACGGCAACCACGACGGCGGCGGUGGCAAGAAGCGCACCGUGUCCGCCGCCGACCACGUCGAGGCCCGCGGUGUUGCGCUGUAUUACCCCGACGGGGAGGAGGCCGAGACGGUGCUGGCGGUGUCGCCGUUGGAUGAUGGGAGCGUCGGCGUGUGGGAUGUUGCUGGGACGAGGGGGAGGAGGGGUGCGAUCGUGGCGCGGAGUAGGCCGGGGAUAUUGUUUAUUGACGGGCCGGGGGCGGAUAAUAGUAGGAGGUCGAAGAGGAUCGAUUCGGGGGUGACGGAGUGCGUCAGCGUGGAUAGUCGGCAGCACCGGGCUUUCUUUGCUGUGCAGAGCCCACUAUCUGCUGCGGGGCCGACUGUUCCGCUCACCGUCGGGACCAGCCUUGGGAUACAUCUACACGACUACCGGGCGCGCAAGCCACCGCGAAACGAACAUAACGAGACGGUUGACGGCUUCGAUAGGAUGGGCGCCAAGGAGUUUUACGAGCGCAGCCUGCGACACAUUUUCAGUGACGAGCCGUUACCACCUUACGCACCGCUAUCACAGCCGGGGCCGCUGAGCAUCCUCCAUCUCCAGCAACCGGGGCAAGAAGCAGAGCUAUCAGACGACAUCUACGUGGCGGGCCGGUUCUCCAACAUCCUGCACUACGACCGGCGCAAGUUCCCGUCCAUCCGGGGCUCGAUCCAUUCGGGCGGGCGGCUCUGCAGCAUGACCUCCCUCCCUUACCCCUUUUCGACCCUCGACAGCGAGCUGCGACGCAUGGGUGAGCUGUCACUGGAGCAGGUGGAAGCUUCCAAGAGCGUCGAGGGCGGUCGGACGUUGAUCGCGUGCGGCGAGUACAACACCAAGGGGUCACUCGAGCUCUACGGCUUGGCACCCGACGCAUCGCGCACGAGCGCGGCGGGGGGCCUGCAGAGCUCAACCUUCCGGAACCGGCAGACGUCCUCGCAGUCCAAGCUGAUGUCGGUCGUGAACCACGGCACGCGCAUCGCCUUCUCGGACGGGUCGGGCUACAUCAGGUGGUUCGAGCGGGACGGCUUCACCGAGGUGCGCCGCUGUAAGAUAGGCCACAGCGAGCGCAGUCACAGCGUCUCCAUUUUCGAGUCGAUGCCCGGGUCGGACGACAUAGCGAGGAAGCUGCUCGCGACGCGGCCAGCCGGCGAGGUUGGCCACGACGACAGCGAGAACGGGAGUGGACGGAGCAAUAACAACGAUCUGCUCUUUUGGACGGGCGAAAAGCUGGGGCUGGUCACCUUCACUGCGCGCCCGGGUUUCAAGUCGGAGGAUUUCGAGGAGCGGGACGAGGAUGCGCCCGACGCCGAGGCGCUGGCCGCCCAGAGCGACUACAGCGAUAUGAUGCGGCGGGCGCUCGAAAGGCAGGCGGACGACGUCAGGUUCGUGAGGAAUCUGGGGCUCGGUAGCGGGAUCCGACCUGGGUAA